AUGGACUCAAGGAUCACAGAAGUUCAGGUAUCACUGCACGAUGACACUGUAUCCGUCGUCUCUCCAAAAGAGAUAACCAGCCGAGAUAUUGCAAAGGUUCUUGAUAAGGAGGGCUUUGAUGUUAUCGUUACUGAUGUUUCUGAGGAUCCGGAGGAAUCACAUCAUGGCUCAAGUUCAAUUUGGCUUCCUAGUAGAAUACGGUAUUGGCAGAAGUCUCGUGCUCAUCUAGAAAAGUGUGACCAAUGCCGUAUAAGCAAAGCAUCUUCAGAGAGUUCAAGGUCCAGCCUUAAGAAGGCUCUGCAUUACUUUGAAAAAGAAAAGGAUAUCACAGAUGGCAGUAGCGUAAUUCACGAAGAAGAUGAAGACAUGGUUGUAGUCAUGGAUGCCUCUUCAGAUGCUACUCAGUUUAGAGCUAUUUAUUCUAUUGGAGAUAUGACAUGCGCUGCUUGCACGACGGCGAUUAGUACUACUGUUAAAGAACAGAUGCCAGAGCUUCUCGAUAUUGGCGUUGACCUUAUAAACAAAUCAGCUGUUGCUCUGGUGCCGAACAAACAGGUUGCUUUGAAGAUCCAGGAGAUAAUCAAUGAUAUUGGGUAUACUUGUGAGCUAGUUGAGCUGACACCUGUUGAAUCCAAUAAAUCAUGGAGGCUGACAGCUUCCAUAAGUGGAAUGUCAUGCAUGUCCUGUGUGAACGCAAUAAAGGACCAGGUAGGCCCGUUGCCUUAUCUCCAGGAAGCUGAUAUUAGUCUCUUGACAAACUCUGGAACUUUCACAAUCAAUGAUCUUAAAAUGGCUGAUGAAUUAAAAGAGAAAAUCCAAGAUAUGGGAUAUGAUUACGAUUUAAUAGAAGUCAACGAGGUCGACUAUGCAAAGAACAAGACCUCCCGGACUGUUAACUUGUCUAUCAAGGGAAUGUUUUGCGAGUAA